AAGCGCAUCCACCGAACGGAAGCGUACGAUCGCCUUAGUCAAGUAGCUCAAGACUCCGAGACCAGCCACAGUCGUACUCAGAAGCACACGAAUUGCUCUCGUGGUAACAUCAAAUUCACUAUUGGAUCGGACUGUGCCGUCAGUUGAGCCAGAGACCUCGACAGAGACGGAUCAUCGGUAAUCUUAAGUGACUUUAGUGAUCUUGAAGUGAGUGAUUUCUGUGACAAAAACUAUCCAGAAAGUGCGAAACCCAUUGAAAAUUGCUAAAUAUACAUUUUUUUUAUUGUAAAAAGUGACUCUUGGCAUUUUUUGCCAAAAAAAAAAACAAAGUUGAGAUUGAUUAUCUCACAGAAAAUUCCAUAACUGAUCUUCGAAAACCAGUGAUCGUGAAGAUGGUGACGGGAAUAGGAAGUGUGCCAGGAUCUCAAGGAACACAAGGAAGUGUUAUAAAUAGUGUUGCCAUUCCAUCAGUACAUCCGGCUGAACCAACAAAACGACCCAGUGACAAUCGACGGGUGAGUUAUAAGAUCAUGAUCAAUUGAAACAUAAAAAUAAAAGGAAAAAAGAAAUUAAAAAUUUAUGAGUAAAAUCCCAACAAGUGCUUCAUCUUGCAAUAAACAACUCGAUGACGACAGUGUGCUAAUGGAUUUUAAUUGCUACUCCACGUGCCUGCGAUUUAUUUUUGCAUGCGAGACACAAUGCCACAUUUUUCACUGCUGUGAUCUUUAUUCCCAGAGCAAAAGCUAUAAGACAAAAAAAAUAAAUCUAGUGAUAUCAAAACGUGACGGGAUGUAGAUGGGCGGAGAGUGAAUCUAAAAUUGCAAUCAAGUGAGCAAUAAACCCAUAAUGGAAAAGAGACGACGAGCGAGGAUCAAUAAUUGCUUGAAUGAACUAAAGACACUGAUUUUGGAUGCCACCAAGAAAGAUCCCGCGAGACAUUCAAAGUUGGAGAAGGCUGAUAUCCUGGAGAAAACAGUUAAACACCUCCAAGAGCUUCAGCGGCAACAAAUGAUUCUCUCGCAAGCGACAGAUCCCAGUGUCCUCAAUAAAUUCAAAGCGGGAUUCACAGAAUGUGCAAAUGAAGUGCGUCGCUUCCCGGAUAUUGAGGUGGGUGUGAAGAGGCGCCUAUUGCAGCAUCUCAGUUUCUGUAUAAAUGGUGCCAAGACAGACCCAGAAAGCUCAGCAAUUGCAAGUCCAAACACGACAGUUCAGGUGCAUAUUCUCCCAUCACCGCCCAGUAGUCCUGAACAGGAUGCACCUCAGCAUCAUGUAACAAUGACCUCGAAUGGAUAUUUCCUGGUGAAUGGAUCUGGCAAUGGGAUUCAGCUAAUACCCACAAAAUUAGCAAAUGGGAAUAUUGCAUUCAUGCUCCCGCAGACAAUGCCAUCAAAUCCUGUUCCCAUGCUCAUUCCCAUCCCCACGAGGACAGCUUCAACAUCCUCAGCGGCCUCAAAUACGUCUUCCAAUGGCGUCUCUAGGGACAGUAUGACCUCACCCACCUACUACGCUCCUCUAUCACCAACCAACAGCUACGAUGCUCAGGACCUGAAACCACCUUCACCUACUCCCAUGACCUCUAGGUCUCCAGAUCCCAACAAUCCUGUUCCCCUUGCUCUUGUAAUGCGCAAGAGCUACGACAGUCCGCCUGAAGAUGACAAACUCUGGCGGCCCUGGUGAUCAACACGGUGUGGGUGAUGGCGACCUCUCUAUCCCUUCCCUCCCACCAGAGGCGUCUAUAUUUAUUGAGUGUCGGCGAGUAGCUAUAAAUUACUCGAGUCACGCGGAUCCCACGAAAAAGUGGCAGCCCGAUCAAAAAUAUCAACUGGGUUCAAUGAGAUCUCCCUCUGUCUUACUUCGCGCGGGCAUCACACAUGAUCGCAAGUUGCGAAUCUAUUUGCAGAUAUGCACGCCAUUUCCCCCACACUUCCUCAGUGGGGGAGCUGCUCACAUGAGAAUAUCGCGUCCAAGGAGACUAACACCAUCCACACAUCGGCAGAGUGGACAAUGAGAGUGAGUGCAGAAAUAUUUUUAUUUUUGUUGCAAAGACAUAUUUUGUAUAACGGAAAAGAAUUGAGAAAAUUAAAUUAAGACAAAUUAAUAUUUGUGAAGAAUGAAGAAAAGAUUUAUUGUUUAGUAAAAUUUGACCAGGAGGAGAGUGUGGUAAGGUCUUAAGACAGAAAAAGAGUCACGAUCAUAAAAAUUCUUGUGUGAGAAGAUUUUAAAAGUAAAAGAGAAUUUCAAUAAAAAAAAUUGUAAUUAAAAAUUGA